AUGGAGGUUCCAGGGAUCAAUUCAUGUGCCAAAAUAACCACAAGCCACCCGCCAUGCUGUCUACGGAUUUUUAGGGAUAAUUUCUUGCUUGUGGGAACCUAUGAUCUGAAUAAGUCUACUGGGCAUCGCACUGGUUCUAUUGAUGUCUAUGACCGCGAAUUGACAUCAAUAGGAAGUUAUAGCACUUAUGGUGCUAUUUUGGAUUUGAAGCUUUCGCCUCAUCUUGACACAUUAGUGGCAACUGGGCAUUCGACGGGAAAUUUGACUCUCUGGCGUAUACUUGUUACGGCGGAUGGCAUUGAACUGGAGGAGAUUUGCAAUAUCCAAAUUUUCGACCCAGACGUGCUGGUUUCGUCACUACAUUUUUCACCAAACAACUGUGAGUCGAUUCUGGUGACGGGCACGUCUGGUGAGUCUAAGGUUGUUAAUGUGCUACGUGAAGGUGUCACUUUCUCACUGAACGCAGUGACUGAUCACUAUGAUAGCGUGGAUUCAUCAACGUACAAAGUCCAAGGAAAAGACACCUUUGCUGUAGAAGACACAACUCCUGCUUUGACUUCCGGUCACUCAUUGGAAUGCUGGACAGGCGAAUUUGGCUAUUUACAUCCUUUACAAAAUGUCGUAUUCACUGGAGGUGACGAUUCUGUCUUGCAAGCGCAUGAUCUUCGCACAGCGAAUGUUAUCUGGUCUAACGGGAGAAUACAUGGCGCAGGUGUUGUUGCGAUCAAGUCGAGCACGGAGACCUUUCGCGCAAACAAACCAACUAGCAUUUUAACGGGUUCUUACGAUGACAACAUGAGAGAUUUGGACUUGAGAAUGCUCGGCGACGAAAUCUAUCCAGGCGUGAACGUUCCGCCCGCCGGGAAGCGUGAGAAGUGCUUAGGUGGAGGCGUGUGGAGGUUCGCAGAGUCACCUCGAAAUCUCAUCGACCCUUCUGCUAAUGAAUUGCUGGUAUGUUGCAUGUACAACGGCGCCAAAGUGGUCAGAGUAUAUGACGACGAAAUUCAAGAGAUCAGAAAUAUGAAGAAAGGGCAUGAAUCUAUGUGCUACGGUGGAGAUUGGGGCAAAAGAUUCGCAGCGACCUGCUCUUUUUACGACUGUUCCCUACAAUUAUGGGACAUAUGA